AGUUCCCCCCUCCAAGAACUGUCCCCCCCUUGGGUGAUGGCGGGAGGGGGAGCCCCCCAGGACCCCUCCCCGCCCCCCCUGCCCGGUGGGGUCACGCUGCGGCCCGCGGGGACGGGUCGUGUUUGCACCAGGGGCCGUGUUUGCACGGGGGCGUGUGACAUUGUCGCAUUUGCACGCAGGCGUGUUUGCACGGGGACGGGUCCCGUUUGCCCCGGGUGGCGAUUGCACCAGGGUCGUGCUUGCACGGGGGCGGGUCACCCUGGCACCACGGCGGUGUUUGCACCAGGGGGGUGUUUGCACGGGGAUGGGGCUGAUUUGCACCAGGAGGGUGUUUGCACCACGGUCGUGUCUGCACGGGGCUGAGAUGCCCUGGACACCAGGGCCCCUUGCACCAGGGUCCCUUUUGCUCACCACCGUGUUUGCACGAGGGUUCUUGCACGGCCGGGGUGUGUUUGCACGGGGCUGGGACCCAUUUACACCAGGGCCGGUGUCCCUGUGUUCUUGUGUCCCGUGUCCCUGUGUCCCCAUGUCUCCGUGAACCGGUGUCCCCGUGUCCCCCAGCCCCCAUGUCCUGUGUCCCGGUGUCCCAUGCCUGGUAUUCCCAUGUCCGUCUAUCCCUUGCCCGCGUGUCCCCACAUCCCGUGUCCCCACGUCCCGUAUCCCAAUGUCCCUGUGAACCCGUGUCCCGGUGUCCCUGUGUCCGCCAGUCCUCAUGUCCCGAUGUCCCCCUGUCCCGUGUCCCCAUGUCUGGUGUCCCAGUCCCCACGUCCCGGUGUCCCCGGGCGGUGCCCGGCGCUGUCCGUGGUGCUGCCCCGCGCGGUGCCAUCUCCCACCCCCAGGGGGCACCCUUGUUUGGGGGGGGGGGAGGGAAGGGGUAUGUGUGUGAUGAGUUGUGAGGGUCUCAGCAGACGGACACCCCCCCCUGCAGUGGCCGGUCCCCACCGCUCCCGGGCCAGCAGCUCGCGGCUGGCAGCAGGGGUGGCUCUUGGCCCUGCCAUCAGUAGGCUCCAGGGUUAACACGGCUGCCCGAGCAGCACAGCCAGGAGCUGGCGGAGGUGGGGGGGGAAGUUCACCUCUCCCCCAGGAAGCACCAUGGACCCCCCAGGACCCCUCCAGACCACCUAGACGUGUCCCCAACCGGCACUGCCACCCCCUCAGCCACCCCACCCCGAGGGCAGCAGGAUGGCCCAGCAGCGACACGUCCCCCCACCACUCAAGACAGAGGAGGACUACAUCCCCUACCCCAGCGUGCACGAGGUGCUUGGCCGGGAGGGGCCGUUCCCCCUCAUCCUGCUGCCGCAGUUUGGGGGUUACUGGAUCGAGGGCACCAACCACCAGCUGAGCGAGGCACCCACAUCCCCCCCGACCCCAGCACCCAGCACCCGGGCAAAGCUUGAGGGCAACCACACGGCCAAGAUCUACCGCAAGCACUUCUUGGGCAAGGAGCACUUCAACUACUACUCCCUGGACCCGGUGCUGGGCCACCUCGUCUUCUCUCUCAAGUAUGAUGAGCAGGAGCAUCUCCACCUGUUGCUGCGCACCCGUGUCCGCACCCUGCACGACGUGGUGCCCAUCUCCUGCCUGGCUGAGUUCCCCAACGUUGUCCAGAUGGCCAAGCUGGUGUGCGAGGAUGUCAACGUGGAUCGUUUCUACCCCGUGCUCUACCCCAAGGCGUCCCGCCUCAUCCUCGCCUUUGACGAGCAUGUGCUCAGCAACCACUUCAAGUUUGGGGUCAUCUACCAAAAACUGGGGCAGACCUCCGAGGAGGAGCUUUUUGGCACGACGGAGGAGAGCCCGGCCUUCACCGAGUUCCUCGACGUCCUGGGUCAGCGGGUGCAGCUGAGGGACUUCAAGGGGUUCCGGGGGGGGCUGGAUGUGACCCACGGGCAGACGGGAAGCGAGUCUGUCUACUGCCACUUCCGUGACAAGGAGAUCAUGUUCCACGUCUCCACCAAGCUGCCCUACACUGAGGGGGAUGCCCAGCAGCUGCAGCGGAAGCGUCACAUCGGCAACGACAUCGUGGCCGUCGUCUUCCAGGACGAGAACACCCCCUUUGUCCCCGACAUGAUCGCCUCCAACUUCCUCCACGCCUUCGUGGUGGUGCAGCUGGAGCAGGGCAGCACCCAGGGCACUCUCUACAAGGUCUCUGUCACCGCCCGUGAUGAUGUGCCCUUCUUUGGCCCACCACUGCCUGACCCUGCUGUCUUCAGGAAGGGCCCUGAGUUCCAAGAGUUUCUGCUGACCAAGCUCAUCAAUGCUGAGUACGCCUGCUACAGGGCUGAGAAGUUUGCCAAGCUGGAGGAGCGGACGCGGGCGGCUCUGCUGGAGACGCUGCACGAGGAGCUGCAGGCCCGCAGCCAGGCCAUGCUGGGGCUGGGCCCCGACGACGAGCGCCCCGACAACGGCGCCGCCGCCCCGGGCUUCUUCGAGUCCUUCAAGUCGCUGCUGGUGCCCGGGAGCCGGCGGGGACGCCGCGGCAGCGCCAUCGGGCUGGGCUCGGUGGAGGAGGUGGGUACCCCGGCACGGACCCCCCCUGUGUCGUGUGUCCCCCCCGCUCUGUGUCCCCCUCCCGAGGUGUCCCCCCGGGUUAACGGCGGCCCGCAGGCGCUGCUGGUGCCCGGGAAGAGCCCGUCGCGGCGGCGGCCCGGCCCGCUCGGCUCCCGCCGCUCCAGCGCCAUCGGGAUCGAGAGCAUCCAGGAGGCACCGGCCGGCAGGGACGGCCCCGCCGCCACCCCCGAGGGCACCAGCUCCGCACACAGCUCCCCAGAGAGCCGCCGGCACCCCGGCAGGCCCGAGAAGCCGGAGCCCCCAGAUUUCUCCUGCUCCUCCUCCAGCGCCAGCAGCUUGGGCAGCACCACCGAGGAGCCAGGACGGGAGAGCCGCUCACCCUCGGGAACCCACCGUGACACUUUCACCGACACCCCCUGGCCAGAUGACCCCGCCGGGACCCCUCCAGGCCGGCACCCUCCUGACCCCCCCGAGAUCAAAAUCCAGCUGGAGCGGCCCCCCCACAACCCGGGUUCAUAGUCACCCUCCCCCCCAUCCCCUGGGAGGGGGGGUCACCUCUUCGUGUCCCCCCUGCCCCAUGUGCCACCUCCAUGCCAGGAGCCGAAGCCAUUGUUCCCGGUGCAGGAUUUGGGGGGGGACUCCUCCAAAAAUGGGAGCGUUUCCCCCUCCUCCAGACAAUCUCCAUCACCCCAAAAUCCCUGGGGAGGGGGGGGGAAGCAUGAUGGACCACAAUAGGGCCCCCCCCCUUUCCACCGUGACCCCGAUGCCACACGGGGGGGCCCCCAAAAUGAAGUUCAGGUCCAACCUGAGCACUAUCCCCCCCAAACA